AUGGCUCAAAGUUCGAGUUCUUCUGCCAUUGACAACAAAAUCGAAAAAGUUGUGGUUUGUAAUUGUAACCGAAAAGCAAAGGUGGUUCAAGCUUGGACUGAAGACAACCCAGGAAGAAGGUUUUACAGCUGUCAAGGGCGUAAGGUGUCUACUGGGUAUGAUUCUUGUAACUUCUUCCGUUGGUAUGAUGUUGAGAAGCCACAUGGAUGGCAGUAUGUUGCAUUGUUGGGUGCUAGAGAUGUUAUCCGCCAACAGAAGGAAGAGAUUAAUAGCUUGAAAAGCCAAGUCAGAGCACUUAGCCUUGAAAACGAAAGCAUUGGACAAGCUCCAUCUGAUUCCAACAGAACACUAGAAGCAUGUGAAACGCUCAAAGGAGAGGCUGAAGCAUGUGAAGCGCUCAAAGGAGAGGUUGAAGCACUCAAAAGAGAGGUCUUAAUACUAAACGAGAGAAGUAUGGUGUAUCGCAACGUUCUUAUCACGUCGUCUAUUGGAUUCACUGUGGUUAUUGGUGUGUUCAUGGGUAUCUUGAAGUGGUAA